GAUACUGGGGUGGCCCCUUUCCCGCUGACAGAGGCGAUCUUGUAUGACUUCUUGAAGGGAUAUGGUAGCAAGCAGGCACCCACCUUCGGCAAGUGCUUCUUGGGCUGUUUCCUCUUUGCUCUAUACGCCAGAGCCCGAUUCAGCGAUAUGCAGGCCAGCGGAGACCUGGUCAGUGAUGUGGUUGAUACCAAGGACGGACCUCACGGGUACUUGGAGGCCUGCGUUACUCGAACCAAGACAGCCUACAAUUUGGAGCGCAAAGCACGUUUCUUGGCAAUGUGUGCGACCAUCCAAGGCCUCUCGCAAGACUCUUGGGCACUCAGAUGGCUUGACAUCGCCCGUGACCAUGGCCCGGAGUGGGGGUCAGGCAAGCCCCUACUCGUGGAAGGAGGGGGGUGGCAGGACUCCCCCGUGAGUGUGGAUGUGCGUGCCUUGGGUACUCAUUCUCUCAAAGCCACAUGUUUGUCAUGGGCGGCUAAAUGGGGAGUGGAACGCGACACCCGCUUGAUCAUGGGAUACCGCAGCUCACCACGUGGCAAGUCGGAGGUCGUCUACGGACGUGAUAAUGUUGCACCUGCCUUGAGGAUCUUGGACACCAUAAUCGAGGCCGUUUCCGUGGGCAAGUUCCUACCUGAUUCAACGAGGUCAGGAAUGUUCCCCAACAGUGUUCGACAGGCCAAGCAACCCGUCCCCGAAGAUGAGAUUAGUCUGUCGUCGGAGGGGUCCGAGGACGAGGAGGACAAGGACCCCGCGGAGGAGGAGAAAGCCGCGGAAGAGGUGGUGGGACCCUGGGAGCCAGUUCCAGGGGCCCGAGACCAGCUGCUUCCGACUGGUAGGUGCGUCCUGAAGACCAUGGCAGCUUCGUACUCGGACAGCCAGAGUGUAUUCAACGCUAGGGUCGAUGCUAGUGGUCUUCCCAAGGACGACGCCACUAAGGUGAAGAACGCAGUGUCUUCGCUGCGCCAGCUGGCCUUCAUUUCGAGCUUUACGCCAGGCCAAGCUGAUGAAACUCCUCUGAUGAAUGCCCUGAAAACCAUGCUGGCUAGGGACGCUGAGCUAGGAGUGCAAGCCAGUUUCAGAGCGCUGUAUCACGAAGCUUAUGCGGUCGUGACGUCAGAGUUGAAACAGAAGAUCGAGAAAAGCGAGGAACCGGCAAGCCGCCGACUAACACAACCUGAACGUGCAGAAAGGUACGAGAAACAAAAGGCCAAGCUUGUUGGUGUCCUGAUCAAAAACCAGAGCGAGCCCAGCGAGGCCCUUGUUGACAAGGCUGUUGCGUGCUACGAAAGCAACGAGCUCAGGUACCUGAGCUGGGAAGCGUGCACUUCUCGUGAGCAAGAGGUUGGGUCGGACCGUCGCAAGGACACGAGGUUCACCGUGGACGAGAAUUCGGGGCGCCUGAAAGUCGAAACCAAGGACGCCGAGGAAAAGGCCUCAACGGUUUCGGAGGUCCAUGUCCUUCAGGCUCUCCAGCGCAGGUCCCUUGCUAUGGACCAGGCAAACAUCGUGGAGUAUUCCUUGAUGCAGCAGUGGACGGACCGCUUGCUCAGGGCCAAGAUGCAGGAUGCUCCGCCUGGAUAUCAGAGGGACGGCGCCCAGCCCUCAGGUGGCAAGAGGCCUAUAGAUGAGGACUGCGUGCGUGUGCCAUACCAAAGUGUGGCCAGCAUGGCCAUGGGGCUUCCACAUGCCCGGAGGCUGCUCUUCAUAGAGCUAUGCAGUGGCUCAGCCGGCCUCUCUGCCGCCUUUCGCGCAUUGGGUUUUCAGGUAUUGGCCAUCGAUCAUGGUGGGAACCGCCGUCAGCCCUUGGUUCCCACCUUGUCUUUAGAUCUUCGCCGCGACAGUUCGUGGUCGUUCGUCGAAAGGAUGGUGAGUUCGCAUGCGACCCUUCUGGUGCACAUAGCACCUCCAUGCGGAACAGCCAGCAGGGCUCGUGAGAUUCCGCUGAAGGGGGGCCUGAGCGAGGCUGACCAGUCUCGCGUGGAGUCGGCAAACUGCAUCUACACCAGGGCCGCGAACUUUUGCGUGUGGCUCCGACGCCAAGCUGCCGAGCAUGGGUUACCUACCCAUUUCUGUGUUGAAAAUCCGCUGCGAUCGUACAUGUGGAUGAUGCCAGAGUUCGUCGAGCUGAAGCCACAUUGCUUGCACCUUGCCUACGAUGUUUGUAUGCACGGUGGUGAUCGCGACAAACACCAAAUGUUAUGGACAUCCUUGCCCGAACUGCAGGCCCUGCCAGUGAGUUGUGAUCGAUCACAUCAACAUCGCCCGUGGGGGCAGACCCCCUCAGGCUCCUUCGCAACAGCCUCAGAGACCGAGUGCCCGGUACGUUUCGCUGCCGCCGCAGCCCUCGCUGCCGGAAGCUUGCACAUCUUGCCCUCAGCCUCUGACGUUACCACCGCUAGCGCCAGGACGGCUGCCCAGACUCAGCCCAAGGUGUCCAAGGCUUUGGUCCUCAUCGAAGAGUACCAUUACCAGGUCACAAUCCCUCUCCCAUCAGCAUGCUUGCCGCCUGUGAAUGAGAAGAACUGCCUCUUGCGCACCCUGGGCCCUGUUGCCCAAUCUACCUCUGGCAAGGUUGUGUCCCUCACGUGUGGCGUGUAUCGAACUCCCAUGCAAUUCGCACGUCAGGCCAUCACUCUUCAGCACCCUUUCGAUAUGUGCAGGGCUCUGCCGGAUCCGGCCCUGGAGGUCCUUGCCAGGACGCUGAUCGAUGGUCCUGUCUCAGUGGCGAAAUCCAGGUUGAAAACGAUCCGGACUUGGAAACAAUGGAAAAGAGAACUUGAGGAGCAGGAGGCAGCACUUCAUGAAGCGAUGCAUCCCGAUGUGGCCCGCGUUAUGAAGGGCAAGAUCCUUCUCUUGCAGAAGAUCGCAAUUCCCUUGAAUGGCCAGAUGUUAAUCGGGGAUGAACAGCCGAGUGGAAUCUUCCCGGUGGAACCGAAACCAGCACUUGCGUCCGUUGAGGAGUUUUGGGAGAGAUCUCUUCUGGUGAAACAUGCACUGUGGCAGAAGGUUGCGGACUCGCCAGCCGACCGCCUUUCCCAGGGCCUGUGUGAGGUCACAGAGACCGAGCGUGAGAAAGGCUGGCUCAGCAGCCCGAAAACGUGGCAAGAGCUAGAGGGCACCUUCGGGCCCAGGUGGGUCCCUGUCAGGCGAUUCGCUGUUGAACAACGCGACAAACUCCGCCCGAUUGACGACCUGGCCGAAAACGGUGUGAACGAAGCUUCUCGGCCCAAGUAG